AUUGACAUCUUGUAAGAAAGAAAAACAAAAAAAACAAAACCAUGGAGUGAGAGCAAAGUGUAAUAACUAAUAACCAUCUCGUAGGGAAAGUUGCUUCUCAAAAUCCACCAUCCAAAUUCCCCCCAUUGACUCACUCAUUCAUCACCGCCCAAUAAUUUCAAUUCCUUCAACCAUGGUUUCUCUCUCAACCACCCCUUUCUUUCCUCUCACUGCACAAAAAACUUCUCCUUCUUCUACUAGAUUUCAACCCAAAAACAACAACGCAAAUCCAUUCUUUAACAACAAACACAGUAAAGAUCCCACAAAUUUUGUUUGUGCUUGCAUCGCUCCUCCACGUAAUAACUUCAACACCCAAGACUCUUCCGCCAUUCAAUUCAAUGGUUCUUCCAAAUCAGAACAAUUAAGCACUGUGAGGAAUCAUGAGGAUGAUUCUGAUGUUCUUAUUGAGUGUAGAGAUGUUUACAAGUCUUUUGGUGAAAAGAAAAUCUUAAAUGGUGUUAGCUUCAAGAUCAGGCAUGGUGAAGCUGUUGGAAUAAUUGGUCCCUCCGGGACCGGCAAAUCUACAAUUUUGAAGAUUAUUGCAGGACUUCUUGCUCCAGACAAGGGAGAAGUUUAUAUUCGAGGUAGAAAGCGAGGUGGUUUGAUAAGCGAUGACGAGAUAUCUGGUCUUCGGAUUGGAUUAGUGUUCCAAAGUGCAGCACUUUUUGAUUCUUUAACUGUUCGUGAAAAUGUUGGUUUCCUCUUGUAUGAACACUCAAGAAUGCCUGAGGAACAGAUAUCAGAGCUUAUCAAGGAAACCUUGGCUGCAGUUGGUUUGAAGGGAGUUGAGGAGCGACUUCCUUCUGAGUUAUCAGGCGGAAUGAAAAAGCGAGUUGCUUUAGCUCGAUCUAUUAUUUGUGACACCACAAAGGAUUCAAUAGAACCAGAGGUGCUCUUGUAUGAUGAACCAACUGCUGGACUUGAUCCCAUUGCAUCUACUGUUGUCGAGGAUCUGAUUCGCUCUGUGCACAUAAAAGGACGAGAUGCACUUGGAAAACCUGGGAAUAUUACAUCUUACGUGGUUGUUACUCACCAACAUAGUACCAUUAAAAGAGCUAUUGAUAGGUUAUUGUUUUUACACAAGGGACAGCUUGUUUGGGAAGGAAUGACUCAUGAAUUUACCACUUCAACGAAUCCAAUUGUUCAGCAGUUUGCAUCCGGGAGCCUAGAUGGUCCUAUCAAAUAUUAGAACAGGACUGCGGCCGUAAAAGAUGUAUUAUUUGUGUCUUGGCUGCUAUUAAAUGUGCAAAUGGGAAUGAAAAUGGAUGUAGCUUUCAAAUGGCAACUUUUAAGAUGAGCAAUAAAUUGGUCGCAACACGGAUUAAAGGGUUUAUUAAGGUGGUUUUGGUAUAGGGUUUGGCCUUCUGGGUUGAAAUUGGAAGCUUGAAGAACAGCUUAUUGUUGUUACUGGCUACACCAUAAGGACAGCAUAUUGUAUUAACAUUAUUUGUUCUAUUCUAUACGGAGUACAUUUACUUUAUGUGCUAAAUUAAAUUGCCUGCUGUUUUCUUGUAAACAGUUCAUUGUAAUUCAACAAGUCUGCUUCAUUGUUAUUUUUUAUUUUUGGAUU